UUUUAGAAGUGAUAUGCGCUUCUGUCUCAGUCUUGCGCUGCGAUCUCUAAAAUAAUAAUAAAAAACCAUUACCCCUUUCAAUGGAGUUCAGGGAGAUCGGCAGGGAUCAGUUGGCUAACUGUUGAACUGGGUACACAGUUUCCGAUGGUGGCCCUGAACGACCCGUGGUUUUAUUUAUUUGGAUUUAAAUCGCCACCGCUUUACUCUCCUCAGCAUCAUGGAAACGUGCUCUGUGAUACAAACAGCCCGUCUAGUACUGAUCGUGCUCCUGAUUAUUUUAAAUUCUGUCAGUAUUGGGACGUUUACUGCGAGCAUCGACACAGAUCGUACUGCGAUGACGGAAUCUUACUUUCCCUUAAACACUACCGAUUUGGAAAAGAAUACCGCCCUGCCCACGGAGUUGACGAGCUCCGCUCCGCCGUCCUCCCGGGGCACCGACGCGGAAUGGGGAGAUUCUGCAUCGACUGAAAUCGCGGACUCCCUCUCCGGCUUCUCGAAGGAGGAACGACAGCCAACCGAAGCCAAUUUGGCUACUGAGGUGAAUGCUAACACAGGGGUCUUCAUGGAUACGGAGAGCUGGGAGUCCCCCUCCCAGACCGACAGCACCUACACAUCUUCCACCCUCAGCCGGGCUGGAGAGAGGACUCUGCUCUCAGUCACCACAAACAGUACCACCCCCUAUUUUGACAACACCUCCCCCUAUUUGGACAAGUCCUCCCCCUAUUCCAAUGACCCCUCCCACAGCUCCAAAAAUCCCUCCCCGUAUUCUCACAACCCCUCCCAUUAUACAGACAACCCGUCCCCUUAUUCAGAGGACUCUAAUUCCUCUGAGACCUAUUCACAGGGAUUUACUCCAGAGGGGCAGUCCAGGAGUACACUGGAUGGAGUCUCCACUGAUGGGGACACAUCUUCUGGGUUCACCCAGUCAGGAGCCACCUCUGGCUCCAUCCCCCACUUCCCCACCAACACUUCCCAGAGUGCUCCACCUGAGACAGGGUCGCCCUCUGAUGUCUCUCAGCAGUCUUUUGGCACUGUGGCGGACGGCACCCAGAACUCCACGCCCCCCCUCACUGUCACCGACAGUGGAGGGAGGGAGGGUACGGAAGCCACCAAUUCUGCCCACACCACCGGAGCUCAGACAUCCCAAGCCGAGACGUCCCGUUCAGGGACAGGGUUGCCCGUGUCCUUGGGACCCCCCUCUCCACCCAAGGAAGACCAGGCCACCGAAACAUCCAGGCCUGAGAAGGAAAGUACAGUCACUUCGGUGAGUGCCGCAGGGACCACCACAGAAUCGUCCACUGGCGCCUUCCGCACCACAGCAAUCAACCACACCGAGAACACCAAGCCUCUUGGCAGGGACAGUGAUGCCGGCCUGGCUUCCUCAACAGCGCCAGCUGUGGUCAAGGGUGAGGUUACAGCUACGGAGGACUCACUGACAGAAUUCUCUAGCCGCCAGCAGCCCUCCACCACUGAGACGGAUCGACUGGCAGACUCCACUGAAUCCCCGACGACCACUCCUGGCAUGGUGACCCAAAGAACCCAGUUCACUGAUGGAGACACCUACCGGGCCACGUCCAGCACUGCCAUGCCCGCCGUCACUACGUCUCCAUACAAUCCGAGCCCCACGAGUGAGGCCCCGACCCCACCCACCACCCCCAUCCCUGCACAGACCACCCCAGCACCCAAGGCCACACCCUCCACCUCCCAGCGCCUCCCCCCUCCCAGAACCGGGGGGACUGCGUCACGCUCUCACAGUACCACAGUGACCAGCGCUGUCUCCACCGACGUCACCACCCUGCACCUGGAGACCAGCACGGCCACACCCGGCAAAACCACCCACCGCAGCGGGCACACCACUGUCUCGUACAGUGCUACCGCCCCCACCAGGACGACACCUGCACACACCACCUGGAAUCACACUGAGAGAGCCACGACGUCAGCAGAGGCCACCACCAUACAGAUGCGUGUCAGAUCAACUGUGGCGCCAGUAAGCCCUUGUGACCCAAACCCAUGUGGGAAUGGAGGAACAUGUGUUGUUGAAAGGGAGAAUAGCCACAGAUGUGUGUGUUUGCCCUCUUGGACAGGAUCAGACUGCAGCGAAGAUGUGGAUGAGUGUGUGAGUGGCCCCUGCCCCUCGAGCGCCAAGUGUGUGAAUACGCGGGGCUCCUUCAGCUGCGAGUGCCCACUAGGGUACGACCUGGAGCAUGGGCGCGCCUGCACGCGGGCAAGGACAUUUCUGGGCAUGUUCCAGGUCACGCAUCGGCAGCUGAACACCACACACCCCAGGACCGCCAGCCUGCACGAGAUACAGAGAGAGAUCCUCCAGCUGCUUAAUGCCUCACUUUCCCCCAUAAAGGGGUACAGCCGAUCCACGCUAAAUAAAAGCGAGGGGGAUGGGACACACAUUUUGGCUGUUCACAUGUUCUCCAUGUCGGCGGAGGUGACCAGCCCGAAGGUGCUCAACACCAUCCAGAAAUUCCUGAAUGACUGCAUCCCGGCCAUGCCGCACUGUGGGGUGGCACUCCACCACAUGCUACGCUACAGCGCCAAGAGCCUGUGUGAAGUGCAGCGGACGCAGUGUGACACAGAGCGGGCGGAGUGCACCGACACCGCCGGCACCGCCUUCUGCCAGUGCCGCUCCGGCUACUUCAAACACAGCAGUGAGGACCAGUCCUGCAGAGAAUGUGGGGAUGGCUUUAAACUGGAAAAUGGCACCUGUGUUCGGUGUACUUUUGGAUUUGGGGGAUUCAACUGUGAAAACUUUUAUAAGCUGAUCACAGUGGUGGUGUCCCCAGCUGGUGGAGCUUUGCUGUUGAUCCUCAUCAUUGCUCUCAUUGUCACCUGCUGCAAGAAGGACAAAAAUGAUAUCAACAAAAUCAUUUUCAAGAGUGGAGAUUUUCAAAUGUCUCCUUAUGCUGAGUAUCCUAAGAGUAAUCGAGUCUCUAUGGAGUGGGGGAGGGAGACUAUUGAGAUGCAAGAGAAUGGAAGCACCAAAAACCUGCUGCAGAUGACUGACAUAUAUUACUCCCCUGCGCUACGCAACCCGGAACUAGAGCGAAGUGGACUUUACCCGUUCUCUGGCCUGCCGGGUUCCCGGCACUCCUGCAUUUACCCUGCCCAGUGGAACCCCUCCUUCAUCAGUGAUGACACACGGCGGCGCGACUACUUUUAACUGUUCCAAAGAUUGGGGUGGGAUAUGGGGGGCGCUGUGACCCAGCCUGUGAAUGGACCAUGUGAUAACAGUUGUCUCUUGUUUUGAAACAGGCAAGAUGAACGAGACAGACCACUAAAUGGCAAAUGAAUGUGAAUAAUUUUUUUUUCUUUUUUACUUUGAGAGGGCUUCCAGGUUUCCAGAGAGGAUGAUAAAGGACGUCCCUGCCAAACGAAGCAAUUACAUAUUGAUGGUUUAGUGCCAUAACAGGACAUUCUCACAAAACCCUUUGUUCCCCGUCUUUUUGUUACAAAUGAAGAAAGAACUCAUGAAGUGAUGUGUCAUAUUUAUAAUUUUUGUACAACUAUGCCUUUCACAGCAAGUGUUAAUAACUGAGAAUAUUGUGAAAAAUGUUUGGGGUUACACAGAAUGUUUAUGUUAACAUCAACAGGUUUGCACUAAAAGCAUCUCAAAGACAGAUUUGGUCAUAUUUCAGACAACUGCAGUAAGUCCUGAAUUAUUAAUUAUUAACUUGUUUUGAAGCUGUGCAUGUUAUAUCUUUAAAAAUGUGUGGUAGCCAAAACUGAGUUUGUGUGGAUGUGUGCCUGUGCACUUGCACAACAGAUUAUUUUGAUGUACUAUGUAUGUACGAUGUAUUCCCUGAUGUUUAGAAAUUGCUCAAAUUACAGAUACAUAAUGGAAAAGGUGCCUAGUCUGUCCUAGAGGUGUAAAGAUAUGUAAUGGAUCUUUCAUCGCUAACUGUUUGGUAAUUUUUGGUAAUGUGCAUAUUCCCUUUUAUGGAAUCAAUUUCAGUGACUGUGAAUAUCAUAAUGGAAAUGUGCAAUGAUGUAUUUAAGAAAGUUUGCAUUUUUGCAAAAUAGAAUCAAAUUACUUAAGGGAAUAUCAAUAUUAUGGUGGAUAUACAGGAUAAUGAAAGACUAGUAUGAAUUCAAAGGCACCUUUGAAUUAUUAAACAUAUCUUUGAUUGGAGUUUGAAAUUUGUUCCUGGUUUUCUAAAAAACUAAAACAGCACAAACCAAGUGAAUUGCUCUUAACAAGGUAAAUUUGUGAAUGCUCUGUACGUCCAACCAGACACUUUCCCUGGAUUUCACAGGGAUUUCCAGCUUGCAAUGAGGAGCCUAAUAAGUGUAUUUUGACAUGCUAGCAGUAUAGAGAUGUCUUUAUCCAUUAUUCAGAGACGUUCCUUGUGCGCAUGGACAGGUUGGUAGAGUUUGUUGCUUUCACUGUUCAUUCGUCCUCAAUGUAAUAUGUUCUCCAUUCACAGUUGAAAGCCUGCCAUCUUAAGUGGGCACAACCUGAGGCCUGCUCUUGCGUCAUCUGUUGUUUUUCAGAAUGCUGUAUGCUACUCCUAAGAUUAGUAUGUUUGUACGUCCCCAUUUGUGUUUAGUAUCACACUAAAAGAAAAUGUGUGUGUGUGUGUGUAUAUAUAUAUAUAUAUAUAUAUAAAUAUG